AUGGCGUCAGAAAAAAGGUCAAAAGCACAGGGAAUAAGCGCUCAGAAUAAAAAUCCACACAUACUGUCUCGUGGUGGAUAUAGGAAGCUUGAAGAAAAAAUAAUGAAGCAGAAGUCAGAUAGCAGACUUCCACUUUCUGAGGGUUGUGACCCUCCUCCUCCUCCUUCACCACCAUCUCGGCACGAGAAGUGGAAGUUAGCCCGUAUAAGACCAUCGGGCUCCUACACUUCCGAGUCUGCCAGAGAAAUAUCUGAAAGAAUUGACUCCUUGGUUGAGCAGAGCUCCCAAGGUCAAUUCACACAAGAAGGUCGUCAAGAUAUUCUUGCCACAGCUAUUGGACGACCUGAGCACCCAGGACGAGUGCGUGGUGCUGGGACUGGCAUAGGCAUACGACAGUUUUUUGGGUCUUCCUCGCGUCCAUAUUCAUACGAAAAGAUGAAGGAGGAAAUAAGAAAAGAGAUGACGCAGGAGAUCACAAAGAAGGUUCGAGCAGAGUUGUAUGAUGAAGUUGCUGAAAUGGUUGCGCGCCAGUUCCAGCAGCAUUAUGAGGAUUAUGGCAAUCGUCCUCCGCCAUCUCCUGUAGCGGAACAUGUUGUGCCCCCUACAGGUAGAAGCGGUAAAGGAAGUUGUUCAGCUUCCGGUGCCCCAGGGGACGACAUGGAUGAAACUCGUCCAUGUCAGUUAUUUAUUCUUUCUGAUACUGGGACCGUGCUAGUGGCUCGUGCAGAUAGGUAA